CAGGCGGUCAUCUCCACCGACUGCCGUGCCGUGCUCCCGGAGAGUCUGAACGGGUUUCAUGGAUUCAUCACUAUCCCAACCAUACAUGUAAUCCUUUGCACGGAAGAAUCGUCGAGCGAUGGCAUCAUAACAGAAGUGAUGAUGCCGAUGGAGCCCGUCGAGGAGUUGAUUGAGAGUUGGGGUGGGUGUGCCCGUGGCUGCAGGGAAUCGUGGCCUGGAGCUCCGGGGAAGUUCAAGUUGCAGGCUGCACUGCAUCCUUGCGACCGUGACCUGCGCGCGUUGGCCUCGCAACCGCUGUCUCCCUCCCGCCCAAACAAAGAAAAUGUUGCCUGCGCUGCACCAUCUUCAAGUGGACGCGAUGCCCGCCUGGUCUCCGUGUCUACGACGCCAACUCCAGCUUGAAGUCGAAGACUGCCGUCGGUAUAAGUUGAUUUCUGACUCUAAUAUCACUUGUGGAUUACUAUUGUUAUCAUCUCCAGCGUUCGACAACCCUACGAUCACUUACUCCCAUCAACUGAAGCCCAUCAUCGUAUCUUCCUCUGCCCACCUUGCCGCAACCCCUCGGCAACCCCUUAGACGCUGAAAACCUACCGACGCUGCUCCUAUCCAUGGUCUCUCGGUAAUCAGCCUGAAUGCUCAAUUAUCUACUAUGUUUCACAAACGCAGCAGUUUAGGCGGAAGAAAGGUGUCGCCGCCUCAGCCGACAUGCAUGACCGCCGAGCAAAAGUCAACAUAUCUUGAAAGCCUACGAAGUUAUCGGCCUGCACGACCAACAGGUUCUCGUCCACCUCCGUUUCCCUCCAAAACCCAUGCCACAUCAGUCUCGCAAACCAGCCUGAUACGCUCCGAUUCUGCCCCGAGUGUGGGCUUUUCCGACAGUGAGAGCCAAAGAGAUGGAAACACCAUCGACAGUGAACACCAGCCAGCCGUGCACAAAUCGGUUUCCUUCUCCUCCACGUCAUCGUCCCUCAGAUCUAGACCACUAGCACGGCCCCCCCAUAGCGAGCUGCCUGUUGUAAAGGGCAGAAAGGUCUCUCCCACAGCCAUUGUACAGAUCCCACACUCAACCGACGACAACACGUAUGUCGAAUCAUCCACACGAAAGUUAGAGAAGGAAGAGGCCCACAGUCUUCGAGAAGCACUGGAGUUGAUUGACCACAAGGAUGACGAAAGACGCAUCUACGAGGCCGCUCAAAACGAAGCCUCUGAUCUUGUCUGGAAACACCAAAACCCAAGAGCAGCCGAGGAGGAGAAGACUGCCGCCUAUGGAAACCCUGAUCUGAAGAUGAGAAAACGAAGCAGUGGAUUCCGACAAGCCAGUGGCACUCGAAAGGUCUCGUUUCCCAACCCUGAAAGUCAGAUAUACGAGGAGCCUGAACAAAAGUCGGAACCCUCCAACGCCUCGGUCAAACCUCCGAGUACCACAAUGCCUCUGAGGGUCAAGUCUCGGAAUACACUCCCUUGGCUGCGGAGGAAGGUUUCUGACAAGACAGAAGCCGCUCCCCUUCCAGAUGCUCCGAAAAUCGAUCGAUUUGAAAUCCACAAGAACCCCCCCAGUCAGUCACAUAAUGCAGGAUACAGAGCCAAUACACCUCCCCCACCGCCAGUCAUUGACGUGAUCGAGGAGGUGGAUACGCCAAAGUCAAAGGGAUCGCUAGAGAUCAGAAGUGAAGAAAUACGAGCAGCCACGAGCAUGAAGAGGAAGGACCGAAGUCCUAAUCUGCCGACGCCCACUGCCGUCAGCGACCAGGUCGGCCGACCCAUUGUCAGUUUCAAUCCAGCAUGGAAGCCGGCUGGUGACUCGCCCAGGGCAAGUCGGGAAAUGGACAGGCCGGUCAUCAAUUUCACCGAGUCCCCCACGACUGCCAGAGUCAGCGAGAGGCCUUUGCCUAAACCUAUGCCCAACGUUUCUGAAGUGACGACUGUCUCUGCCCCUACAGUUCCAACAAUCAAUCUUCCAGAUGAUGAACCAUCUCAAUCACCAAAUCCAGCAGUUCCUUCGUUGACGUUGUCAGCCCCAGCGGUGCCAACAAUAAACCUCCCGGACGAUGAACCGCAAAUUCCUGUAAUCAGCAUAAAUGACGACUCACCACGCCAGCCGUCGGUGCCGACAAUCAACGUACAGGGGGAGAUCAAACGACCAACGAGACCACUCCCCCAGCCCUCCUCGGCGAGUAGUGCUGUCAAACCUACAGUCCAAAAGAGUUCAUCCGGCCGUCUACCCUGGCUCUCUCGCCAUGCGAUGCCCACAGUAUCAUGCUCAAGCUGUGCACUACCCAUCUCAGGUCGCAUCGUCACCGCAUCCGGCUCGAGCACCAGCAGUCUCAAAGCCCGCUUUCACCCAGAAUGCUUCUCCUGCUACCACUGCUCAACACUACUGGAAUGCGUGUCCUUUUAUCCGGAGCCAGACGAGCGACGACUUGAACGCCUUCGAAGCAUGGGCAUCGACGACCCCAACUCGGCCGAAGCAGCCAACGACCCGCUCCGGUUCUACUGUCACUUGGAUUUCCACGAAUUCUUCUCCCCGCGCUGCCGGUCCUGCAAGACCCCGAUUGAAGGCGAAGUCAUUGUGGCCGCCGGCGCCGAAUGGCACGUCGGCCACUUCUUCUGCGCCGAAUGCGGCGACCCCUUCGACAGCACCACGCCCUUUGUCGAGCGCGACAACUACGCGUACUGUGUCUCGUGCCAUACGAAGCGCACCUCCGCCCGCUGUCGAGAAUGUAAACAACAAAUCUUGGAUGAGUUGACCGUCGAGGCCCUGGGCGGCAAGUACCAUGAACGCUGCUUCGUCUGUUUCGAAUGCGGUGGUGGAUUUGGCGACGAGGGGCGCUUCUUCGUCCGCGACGUCGACGUCAAACCUACUGAUAAGGAGCUGCGCAAGGGUAUCACCCGCAAGUUUGAGGAGAAGCCCGUCUGUGGACCUUGCGAGGAGAGACGGCUGAAGGCCUGGUAGUGACUAUUAGUAGUCGUGGUGGUGGUUCUAUCCUACCUACAGUAAGGUAACUGACAAACCUACCUGAGAUCUGUGUAAUGUGAUUGAUGUACUACUGUAACGUCAAAUUUAUCAAGAUAAUACAGCGAAACCUGGCGUAUGAAUGAAGGAACGAGACUUGUUAAUAAAUUGGUAUUGUACUACUCUAGUACAUUAUCGGACGAGUUGACCUGGCGAUAUGCAUUUGGGAUUGGGUUCGGGUUCGGGUUCGGGUCGGGAUAGGCGCAAUCAAAGAAUGUUCUGUUCACUUUUACAAUAUAGUUGUUCUACAAUCAAUAUGUAGAAGUAAGUCAGGGCUUGAAUGCUUGCUUGC